AUGGCAUCUCUGCAAGAAUCCAAUUCCCUGUGCUUGAAGCGGAAGCUUGUUGAUGACUGCCUGUCAAAAGACUGCAAAUCUCGCCGUGUCAAAUCUGAGAAUGGGCCCUCAUGCGAUUCAUCAUUUGCUAAACACUGCAACUGUUGCUGCACUCGACCUAACCUUGCCAAUGAUUGUGUCAAUUUUCUGAAGAGUGGAGCGCCAUGCCGUGUCAUGUAUUACAAAAAGGGUUCGUGGCACAAUUUUCCAGAGCAAAUAAUGAAGUCCCUCAUCGGUGAAUUCAAAGGAAAUAAAUCAAGUGUUGUGUCUGUGGUGGAUGAUGAACCAAUUCUUGUUGAUUUCUUGUCAAUGACCCUGGUCAACCUAAAAACCAGAAAACAGCGGUCUGUUGCCUGGUUUGAUGACACUGGCAAGCGUUUCUUUCCUUCUUUGUUCUUUGAUGAGGAAAGUGAUGAAAUGGCCAAACAGGAUUCUGGCAAUGUUGAUAGCACUGCACAGGGAAUAAUGUUAGAUAAGGUCGCGAAUUCUCCACCUGAAGUGGUCAAGCAAGUAGUUCUUGAAUCUAAUCCCCCAGUCCCUCAAAAACCUUCGACUGUGGAUGUCUUGCGCAAGAAGAUCACAUCUGUCGAAAGAGGCAGCGAAGGUUUUCUGUUUGUCCAGAACCUUUUUCUCUCUGGUAUGAGUCCGUUUGCAACAUCGAAUAACAUACUUCAUGUCCACCGCUACUCUCCAAACGAUAUCACGGCACAAUGUAGAUUUGAAGCUUUUGAAAGACAGAUGAAGUCAACUAAAGAAGCACGUGGUGAUGCAAAUGUUAAGUAUGGAUGGCUAGGAUCUAGGAAGAGUGACAUAGUUAGGAUUCUUAUUAAUGGUUUGGGUACCACUGCAAAUCCUGUUGAGAAAGCAGGUUUGAGUGCUGGUGUAUAUCUUUCACCAGAAAACCGAGCCUUUACCAGGUGUGUUCUCCUUAACCCUGUUUUUGUGAUUACUGUUUUUGUAUUUGCUUAA